CAAGUGGCUGUCGCUUAACGUCGCGCUGCCAAUAUACUUAAGCCCUGACCUACUAACACAGAUCCAUGAGUGUGGAGAUCUGGAGGGUCCGGAGGUUUGGAGCCCCCCGAGAGGCGACACACACUUCGACCGCCUGUCAUUUCCUCGAGAGUUGAUGGGAAACCUGCGCCCGAUCCGCGGCGGGAGACCGGAGCAGCCAGCCAGCCCCCGAACCAUCCAGCCCCGGGAGAGAAGAGAUUUCCUCCAGUGGAUUCAUACCAGCACGAUGGUGUAAAGUUAAAGACAGACGAGCAUAUUCUCAGUGGCAGACAGUUUAAUAUGCAAUCAAUCAAGCAAGAGAUGGACUCGAGUGAGGACGCCCUGGUGCUGGCUGUGGCCCGACAGGGGGCUAAUAGAGACCCCCUGGGCCACGACAUGUCAGCGAUUCCAUUCAAAGCUAAAACCACCUGUCGCAGGAAAAGGGAGUUCAUCCCAGAGGAGAGGAAAGACAACCUUUACUGGGAGAGGCGUCGCAAAAACAAUGAGGCGGCCAAGCGCUCAAGGGAGAAGCGGCGCAUUAAUGACAUGGUGCUGGAGAACAAGCUGAUGGCCCUGGGAGAGGAAAACGCUUCCCUCAAGGCCGAGCUCCUGCUGCUGAAGCUGAAGUUUGGCCUGGUGAGCUCAGCGUCAUACGCCCGAGAAGCCCAGAAGUUAUCCAAGUCCACCGCUGUCGACCUCUACCAGGAGCUUGGUCCACCCACUGCUGUCCAAGGUUCUUCCAGCAGCGAUGUGGAGCCGGUUCAUUUGCGCAGUAGCUGCAUAUCAGUCAUCAAGCAUUCGCCUCACAUGCCUGAGACUUGCACUGCCGCUCAGGGAAGCUUCAAUGUCUGCGGCAGCUCAGAGGUCAAGCAAGAACCAGCAGAGAAUGGCACGUAUGCACAGGAGAGGAGUAGCCCCUACGAGCUCUAUAGGACCUACCCGUCUGGUAUCUUCUCCCAGCAGGUCACCAGGUCGUCCAGUAACUCACCCCGGAGCUCAGACGAUGGCGCUGUGAGCAAAUCCUCAGAUGGAGAGGACGAGCAGCAGGUCCCCAAAUGGUUUGUCCCGUCUGCAGCCGGCCCGACAAGUGUCAUCGUCUCCACACACAACGUGCCUGAUGCCCACUCUGCCGCUUUGCCCCAUAAACUGCGGAUCAAAGCCAGAACCGCCCAAAUCAAAGUGGAGGCCGUUGACCCUGAAUACGAGUUGUCGGGACGGGGAGGGUGCUACCGGACCACCCAGGAGCUCCCCCCGUGCCCUCUGUCUGUACAGGUCACCAACAUGCAAGGCUGGAGCCACCGCAUGCGGACCCCGAGCCCCCUCUCCAACAUCGAGACAGAACCUUCCUCUGCACACUCGCAUGCCGAGGACUUGAACAGAGGACACAACCUCGCCAACCUCUCUGCUCAAAUGGCCUCUUUGAAAAGACUGAUGGCAACACAGCAGGGUUCUGUGGCAGAGUGUGAUCACCGCGCGUCAUCGUGAGGAUGUUCCUCUGAAUAACAUGUGUGCGUUUCCACUUCAUUUGCUGUUGCACUGUGUGGUUGUUAUUAGGGUUGAAUCAUGUUUCCAUUACUGUCAAACAUCAAAUAAAAGGUUGACACAAUAUUAAAACAGAUCAUUUGAUCAGACAUGGUUAUAAAACUGGACCCACCCCGACAUAUGAACCUCUGGUUCCCUCAGCGGCAGUUAGACUGAAGACUAAAUCAAGGAUUUCCACACUAUUUGAGAAUUGACCGUAAAUUGUUAAUCAAUCAUAUAUGACAAACAUCACUGUUGUGUGUUACCUUUAUUUGACUUUCAUAACUGCUCUGAUCAUUGUACACCUACUGUACUGUCACUGGGCACUUGGCUGGCGGGGAGUUUUACCAAUCCAUUCUUUAAAGAUGAAAUCCAUCAUGUUACUAAUUAAUGUAAUAUGUUAUUGUAUCCAUCCGUAUGUUGCUGUGGUGGCUGGAGGCACAGUCAAUGCUUCUGCUUUAGAGCAACAUUUGGUAGUUCUUUUUGGGGGUUUGUCAUUUCUUAAUAAUUUCCCAAUCAUUUUGAUUGGGAAAUAGCUACAACAUCACAAGUUCAUGUGAGCUUAUCUCUUCAUUCAGUUAUUUCAGAUUUUUAUAUUAACUUACACAGUCACGUUUUCACUUCACCAAAUAUAUAAUAAGAAGUGGCAUGUUGUUGCUUCAAAUGUUGUUUUACGGCGUCGAGCUGGAGUGACCUCCGAAGAUGUCACAUCUGAUGAUGUCACAUCCACAAAACUUCCUCUGGUCCGAUCAGAUGCGUGAUGAUCGUGAAGAGGGAAAAUGGACGGAGAUCCUUUAGUCAGCUGGACGUGCAUAGAUCUAGAGUUUGUCGACAGGAAGUUUAAAUGGAGAUUUUCUUUCAGGACAUUCCUGUUUUCCCUGUAAACUUCCACCUUAGUUACAGGAAAAUUUGUCGGAAUGUGUUAGAAAGUGACAGACCCGUGAAACGCAGCACUCCUGAUCCUGUGGUUCUGGUUGACCAUGUGAUCUUCUGCUCUGUUUUCUUGUCUGUUUGUUGCAGUCGGUGCUAUUGUCAGUGCAUUCCACCUCGACACACUCAUCAUCCCUGCUGUCCUUUUCACAAACUGUCUGCUUCAACACAACACAACUCUCUGCUUCAACACAAGUCAAGUUAUCAGAAGGUUUCCACAGGUUCUGGAUCACAGCCUCUCACCACUUGGAGUUGUAUUACUACAUCUUACAGACGUCAGUCAUUUUAAAUGAAUGACGUGUCAUACUUAUGAAUAUGUCAGUGAUGAUGAUGAAGAUGAUGACUUAUUUGCCUGAAGUCGAGACAACUUUUCUCAAGAUUUAUUGUCACCGUGAUCUUUUGUUUACAAUAAACGUCUUGUCACUGAA